GGGGAGACGAGCGGGAGAGGCUGGCAGGGCUGCGGCGCACGCAGCUGGCGCCUGGUUCUGCAGCAGCAGCAGCAGCAGCAGCCGCAGCCCUCCUCCUCCUCCUCCCUCCAGCUGGCCCUGGCUCUCCCCUUCCCGCCCCCGGGCCUUGGGAAGCGGAGGGAAGGGGCCCGCGGGGGCACUGGCGCUGCCGCGAGGGAAGAGGAGAGGGAUGGCGAGGGGCGAGGGGGCAGCGGCCGCCCCUCGCCUGCUCGGGGCUCUGUGCCUCUCCGCCCUCGCCUGCUUCCAGCUGGUGCGCGGCAGGGAAGCCGGAGCAGAGUGGACCUUGGAGAAGUAUGCUCACCAACCAAAAAUUUUACAUUCUGAUGCUAUUCAAGAAGUUGCAGCGAACACCAAUGUUUCUGAAAUGUGGGAGAAUGAUUUGCGCCCUUUCCUGAUAGAGAGAUAUUCGGGGUCACCAGGAAAUUACAUUGUACGACAGCAUAUCAAGCACCGUCUUCAAAGAUUACAGGCUGGUUGGGAAAUUGAGGAAGAUACAUUUCAGAGAUACACACCAUAUGGAUAUAAAACAUUUUCAAAUAUCAUCAGCACUCUCAACCCCUCUGCAAAACGCCAUCUAGUACUCGCUUGCCACUACGACUCAAAAUUCUUUCAACAACAAUGGCAGGAGAGAGUGUUCGUAGGAGCAACUGAUUCAGCUGUGCCUUGUGCUAUGAUAUUGGAGCUGGCACGUGCACUGGAUAACAAGCUUCAGUUAAUCAAGACCAGCUCAACGUCAAGACCAGACCUUUCACUUCAGCUCAUAUUUUUUGAUGGUGAAGAAGCCUUUGUCCGGUGGUCCCCUUCUGACUCCCUCUAUGGAUCUCAACACUUAGCUCAAAAAAUGGUAUCUACUCCACAUCCACCUGGUUCAACAACAAAUGAGCUGCAAGGCAUAGACCUGCUUGUACUACUGGAUUUAAUUGGUGCACCAAACCCUGUCUUUCCCAAUUAUUUUCCAAAAACUAUUAGAUGGUUUCAGAGGCUUCAAGCAAUUGAAGAAGGUCUACACAACAUGAACCUGUUGAAGAAUCACCUCAUUGAAAGGCAGUAUUUCCAGACUACUUCACAUCGAGGCUUAGUUGAAGAUGAUCAUAUUCCAUUUUUAUUAAGAGGGGUUCCGGUCCUGCAUCUGAUUCCAUCCCCCUUUCCUGCAGUAUGGCAUACCAUGGAGGACACAGAAGAAAACCUUGACAAACCCACUAUUGACAAUCUCAACAAAAUCCUCCAAGUGUUUGUACUGGAGUAUCUAAACCUGUGAUAGACAAAAUGGCAACAAAUUCCACUCCAUUUUAAAUACUGUUUGCUCACCUUCACAUUUGCUGUUUUAUUGCUUUGAAGAGCACUUAAGUGGCUCUUGCUAGAAUGAUUAUGAAUUCAGCUGUUCCUGACCCAGUGUAUUGUGAAAUCAAAUAAGAUAGUAUUAAAUAAGAAUUAGUUUCA